AUGGGUCUCACCUCUGGCAUCCCACUCCCAUCUAACUUCUGGCAUCCCACUCCUAGUCUCACCUCUGGCAUCCCACUCCCAGUCUCACCUCUGGCAUCCCGCUCCCAUCUCACCUCUGGCAUCCCACUCCCAUCUCACCUCUGGCAUCCCACUCCCUUCUCACCUCUGGCAUCCCACUCCCUUCUCACCUCUGGCAUCCCAUACCCAUCUCACCUCUGGCAUCCCACUCCCAUCUCACCUCUGGCAUCCCACUCCCAUCUCACCUCUGGCAUCCCACUCCCAUCUCACCUCUGGCAUCCCUCUCCAUCUCUCACCUCUGGCAUCCCUCUCCCAUCUCACCCCUGGCAUCCCUCUCCCAUCUCACCCCUGGCAUCCCUUCUUCCAUCUCACCUCUGGCAUCCCUCUCCCAUCUCACCCUGGCAUCCCUCUCCCAUCUCACCCUGGCACCCCGCUCCCAUCUCACUUCUGGCAUCCCUCUCCCAUCUCACCUCUGGCAUCCCGCUCCUAUCUCACCUCUGGCAUCCCACUCCCAUCUCACCUCUGGCAUCCCACUCCCAUCUCACUUAUGGCAUCCCAUACCCAUCUCACCUCUGGCAUCCCAUACCUGUCUCACCUCUGGCAUCCCGCCUCCCUGUCUCACCUCUGGCAUCCCGCCCUGCCUCACCUCUGGCAUCCCGCUCCCUUCUCACCUCUGGCAUCCCACUCCCUUCUCACCUCUGGCAUCCCACUCCCUUCUCACCUCUGGCAUCCCACUCCCUUCUCACCUCUGGCAUCCCACUCCCUUCUCACCUCUGGCAUCCCAUACCCAUCUCACCUCUGGCAUCCCAUACCCAUCUCACCUCUGGCAUCCCGCUCCCAUCUCACCUCUGGCAUCCCACUCCCAUCUCACCUCUGGCAUCCCACUCCCAUCUCACUUAUGGCAUCCCAUACCCGUCUCUCACCUCUGGCAUCCCAUACCUGCCUCACCUCUGGCAUCCCGGCUCCGCCUCACCUCUGGCAUCCCGCUUCCCUUCUUCUCACCUCUGGCAUCCCACUCCCUUCUCACCUCUGGCAUCCCACUCCCUUUCUCACCUCUGGCAUCCCACUCCCUUCUCACCUCUGGCAUCCCACUACCCAUCUCUGGAAUCUGGCAUCCCAUACCCUCUGGCAUCCCAUACCCAUCUCACCUCUGGCAUCCCACUCCCAUCUCACUUCUGGCAUCCCAGUCCCAUCUCACCCCUGGCAUCCCAGUCCCUUCUCACUUCUGGCAUCUCUCUCCCAUCUCACUUCUGGCAUCCCUCUCCCAUCUCACCUCUGGCAUCCCACUCCCAUCUCACCUCUGGCAUCCCACUCCCUUCUCACCUCUGGCAUCCCACUCUCUUCUCACCUCUGGCAUCCCACACCCAUCUCACCUCUGGCAUCCCACUCUCUUCUCACCUCUGGCAUCCCACUCCCUUCUCACUUCUGGCAUCCAAGUCCCAUCUCACCCCUGGCAUCCCAGUCCCUUCUCACUUCUGGCAUCUCUCUCCCAUCUCACUUCUGGCAUCCCUCUCCCAUCUCACCUCUGGCAUCCCAUACCCAUCUCACCUCUGGCAUCCCACUCCCAUCUCACCUCUGGCAUCCCACUCCCUUCUCACCUCUGGCAUCCCACUCCCUUCUCACCUCUGGCAUCCCACACCCAUCUCACCUCUGGCAUCCCAUACCCAUCUCACCUCUGGCAUCCCGCUCCCAUCUCACUUCUGGCAUCCCAUCCCUCUCCCAUCUCACCCCUGGCAUCCCAGUCCCUUCUCACUUCUGGCAUCCCUCUCCCAUCUCACUUCUGGCAUCUCUCUCCCAUCUCACUUCUGGCAUCCCUCUCCCAUCUCACCUCUGGCAUCCCACUCCCAUCUCACCUCUGGCAUCCCAGUCCCUUCUCACUUCUGGCAUCCCACUCCCAUCUCACCCCUGGCAUCCCAGUCCCUUCUCACUUCUGGCAUCCUGCUCCCUGUCACACCUCUGGCAUCCCAGUGUCUGAUAUGGCAAAAGUAG